CUCUGUUUUAGUUAUAAUUGUAUUGUAAUUGAAUUGUAUUGUAUCUUGUUGUAAUUGCAGACAAGCGCGUGUGCACGCGUUAAGCUUUUGCCUGCGCGCCGCCCGGUCGCGUUGAAUUAACUCGUCCGCUCCUAAUCCGAUUCUUCCCAACUCCACACGCGUCCUUCCUCUCGAUCUCCCUUCCUUCCUCUCCUUCCCAGUUCAACAGACUGCCUGUUCAUCUGACUAUCAUCAACAAUGGCGCCGGCAGCAGCAGCCAAAUCGCAGACUCCGGCCUCGUCAAACAAGAAGCAGCGCACGCUCGCAAGUUUCUUUGGCAAGCCCAAGUCCGAGCAGACCACCACCACCAGCACCCCUCUCAACUCGUCCCCCCUUGCCGCCAAAUCGUCCGCGAACGCAAAGGCAAAGCGGGCUAUUCUGGCCGCUAAACUUGACAGCGACCCGGUUGAUGCCGGCGAGGACGACUCGCGCAGGCGGCAGCAGAACGAGGAUAGCAAGCGGCGUGCCAAGGACGCGUUUCCGUCGCCGGACACGCCGUCGAUUAAGAGCAGCAGUCCCGAGGCAGAGAAGGAUAAUGAGCAGAGUAGUAGUCAGCUGUCUUCUGCUACGCCGUCGAGAAGGGCAAAGGCACGCGUUCAUUACUCGGAAGUUUCAGACGACGACGAUGAAGCAGACACCACAACGAAAUCUAAACGCCAGAAGAUCGAGAACGACGACUCUGAGGAUGAGUUCAUCCCUGCUGCGAACCGCACCGCCAACGACUCGUUUGAACACAUGUCGGAAAUCGAAAUCGACGAAGACUACGACUCCAUGGACGACUUCGUGGUCGCCGACGACUUUGACGAAGACGAGCCCAAACCAAAGCGCAAGCGACCAGCCCCCAAGAAAGCCAAAAAGGCCUCACCUUCUGCGAGCACGACGACACCUGCUCCAGUCAAAAGCGAAAACUUUAUCAGCCCUGUCAGCACCCCCAGUAGCGCUUUAGAGCUAAAGUCGAAAUUCGGCGCGUUAUCGCGCGACACGGCAAAGUCCGGUACGUCAUCAUCAUCAUCUGCAGCAAAGGCGAAACCCCGCGCGUCGCCGGCUAGCAGCGCGCCGGAGAAGAAGUCGUUUGAGAAGCAGAACGAGGAACGGUACGCGUGGUUGGUUGACGUCAGGGAUGCGGAUGGGCAUCCGGUCGAUCAUCCGGAUUAUGAUCCUCGUACGCUGUAUAUCCCGAAAUCCGCGUGGGCAAAGUUCACCGCGUUUGAGACUCAGUAUUGGGAGGUGAAAUCCAAGAUGUACGACACCGUCGUGUUCUUCAAAAAGGGUAAAUUCUACGAGCUGUACGAGCGCGACGCCGACAUUGCCCACGGCGAGUUCGAUCUCAAGAUUGCGGGCGGCGGGCGCGCAAACAUGCGCCUUGCCGGCGUUCCCGAGAUGUCGUUUGACUACUGGGCGUCUGCGUUCAUCGCGAAAGGGCACAAGGUCGCCAAGGUUGUGCAGACUGAGACGAUGCUUGGGAAGGAGAUGCGCGAGAAGGGAGGGAAGAAAGAGGAGAAGAUUAUCAGACGGGAGUUGAGCUGUGUGCUUACGGGCGGUACGCUUGUGGAUGAGACUAUGCUUACGGAUGAGAUGUCGACGUUCUGUGUUGCUAUCAAGGAAGGAGUCUCGGAGACGGGCACGCCGAUGUUUGGGGUCUGCUACGUUGACACUGCGACGGGAGCGUUCAGUCUCACGCAGCUGGAAGACGACGUCGACUACAACAUGUUCCAAACCGUCAUUGCUCAGCUCCGGCCUAAAGAACUGAUUCUAGAGAAAGGCGUGAUCUCGCCGCUUGCUGUGCGCAUCAUCAAAAACAACACCUCACCCGGCACGAUCUGGAACUACAUCAAGCCGCGCACCGAGUUCUGGCCCGACGACAUCGCGAUCGAAGAGCUUUCCCACGGCGCGUAUUUCCCCGGCGCCAACAUCGACGACCGCUCGCAGUGGCCCGAGAUCCUGCAGUCGAUCGAAGAGCACCCGUUCGCGCUCUCCGCGCUCGGCGGACUGCUCUGGUACCUCAAGCAGCUGCGGAUCGACAAGGAACUCGUGUCGCUUGGGAACUUUACAAAGUACGACCCCGUGCGGACGUCGAGCUCGCUGGUGCUGGACGGCCAGUCGUUGCAGAACCUCGAGAUCUUCGCAAACUCAUACGAUGGCGGCGAUCAAGGCACGCUCUUCCGGCUGCUGAACAGAUGCAUUACGCCGUUUGGAAAACGGCAGCUGCGGAACUGGCUCUGCCAUCCGCUCCAGGACGUUGAUCUCAUCAACGCGCGGCUGGACGCGGUCGAUUUGCUGAACAGUAACUACGAGCUGCAGAGCGUGAUGGAGAAAGGUCUAUCCUCGCUCCCGGACCUGGAGCGUCUUGUUUCGCGCAUCCAUGCAGAUAAAUGCAAAGUUUCCGAUUUCCUGCGCGUCAUCGAGGCAUUCGAGCGGAUCUACGAGCUGCUGGUCACUUUGCGAACCGAGUUCAAGCUCGGCGGGUUGAUUGGCAAGCUGAUUGAGACAAUUCCGGAUAUGGAGGAGUGCCUGUCAAUGUGGCGCGACGCAUUCGACCGGCAAAAGGCUAAGAACGAGGGUCUUUUAGUUCCCGAGCGCGGCGUCGAGGAGGACUUUGACAAUUCGCAGGACAACAUGCAGAGAAUUGAGGAGGAGCUGAUGACCCUGCUGCGCGGCUACCGCCGCCAGUUCAAGUCCCAGGAGAUCUCGUUCAAAGACAGCGGUAAGGAGAUCUACCUGAUUGAAGUCCCCGCCCGCAUCGUCAACGCGAUCCCAAAGGACUGGCAACAACUCGGCGGCACGCAAAAGAUGAAGCGGUUCUGGUCGCCCGAGGUGCGCACGCUCGUGCGCGAGAUGCUCGAAGCGCGCGAGACGCACAAGUCGAUUGUGAGUGAGAUGCAGAGUCGGCUGUACGCGAGGUUUGACAAGUACUACAAGAUCUGGCUCAAGGCGACAAAAUUGGUCUCGAACCUGGACUGCCUGGUGUCGCUGGCGAAGACGACGGCGUCGCUGGGAACGCCGUCGUGUCGGCCGCAGUUUGUGCAGAGCGAGAGAAGUGUUUUGGAUUUUAAGGAGUUGAGACAUCCUUGUUACUCCAGCGAUCACGAAUUUAUACCCAACGAUGUCGCUCUCGGAGGUGAAACUCCCAAUAUCACGCUCCUAACCGGUGCUAAUGCGGCAGGAAAGUCCACAAUCUUGAGAAUGACCUGCGUUGCCGCCAUCAUGGCCCAGAUAGGCUGCUACGUCCCUGCCGAGUCCGCACGCAUGACCCCGGUCGACCGAAUCAUGACGCGUCUGGGCGCGAACGACAACAUUUUCGCGGGCCAGAGUACGUUCUAUGUUGAGCUCUCGGAGACGAAGAAGAUGCUCUCGCAGGCUACUAAUCGGUCUUUGCUCGUUCUCGACGAGCUCGGACGCGGAGGAAGUAGCUCUGAUGGAUUCGCGAUUGCGGAAUCUGUCUUGUAUCAUAUUGCGACUCAUAUCGGCAGCUUGGGAUUCUUUGCAACGCAUUACGGCACUCUGGCUGCCAGUUUCACAGGACAUCCAGAAGUCGAGCCCAAGCGCAUGGCAAUCCUCGUCGACGAAGACGAGCGCCGGGUCACCUUCCUCUACAGACUCGAGCACGGUGUGUCUCCGGGCUCGUUCGGCAUGCACGUGGCCUCGAUGUGCGGAGUCGACCGCAAGAUCGUCGACGAAGCAGAGGUCGCGGCAAAACAGUACGAGCACACGACGCAGGCAAAGAAGUUGCUCGAGACCACGAGCUCGGGAGCGUUUGUCCCGCUUGGCUUACAGAGCGACUUUAGCUGGCUUAUGAAGCUCGCCGAAGGAAAAGAGGAGGGCGAGUCGCAGCUGAACUUUGCGUCGGUGUUGAAAGAGAUCGAUAACCUGUAGGUUGUUACUGACUACUACACGUGACUGAAUUUGGAGGUAUACGAGAGUGAACUAUUGUUAUUUGAUAGCUAGAAAUGCAUUCUGGAACUCAUAGACGGCCGCUGAUCUAUUACUGAUAGAACAGAAAGAUAGAAAAGAGUAAACUGCAGAGUAGUUGGUGAUCAACGAUGAAUCCCCGCAAUUAGGGGGUUUCGUGUCGUUCCGAAUGGAGAUAGUCAAACGAGAAAAAAAACUGAAAGUGAGCCGAACAAGGA